AUGUCAGUAAGACAGUCUCAGACAGUGAAUGCAGGCCUGUCAUGGAAGAAGUGCAGUGUUUGUCAGGACAGUGUGUUUUUCAAAUCACCACGUGAUUUCAGUCAACAUUUAAGGGAUUUUCAUUGCUCUAAAGAGGGCGGGUCCUAUGUUUGUCGCUACGGAAUGAACGGCGUGUGCCCUUCACUACCUUUAGAGGGAGUCAGUGACCGUGAUUACGAUGAUCAUGUGACCAGGGACCAUAUACACAGUGAUUAUGGUGCUCGAAGCAAGGUCCCCCGAGAUCACCAGUUAUUAAGUGAUUCCCACAUGCCAUCAUCAUAUCAAGAACCAAACAUAGUUCAGGACCAGUACAAGUGGACAGUUCACAACGCCUCUGUCAACCUGCCUGCCCUGCUCAAUGACCCGCGGCUGGUUAAACGUGAGACAGAUUUUUUCACCAAGACUUGGGGCAACUCAUUUGAAAAGGUUGAAAUUCUUCCAUCUCCUUACGUUCCAGAAAUUGGACCCGAGCAUUUUGAAAAAUAUCUUCGGAAAACUGCAGCGAGGUUAAAGAAACAUUGUCGUGUUAAACAGAAAUUGGUGGAAGAUGCAGUGGGAGGCAAAGAGAUUUAUCCAUCUCUUCAUUUUAGACAAAUAGAGCAAAGCCGUGCUGAACUGGACCAGAUAAAGUUGUUCAUGUCAACACAUUUUAAUCUAGAGAACCCGGACAUUUUCAACACCGUCUUUCCCUGGACUCAAAUUGAAGAGUCAAGAUCAGGUCAUAAUCAGUCUGAGCAGAGGCAGUCAUCCAAGCUUCUACAGGAAAAGUUGAGUCACUACCUGGAUAUUGUAGAAGUGCGGAUUGCCCGGCAAAUCUCCCAGAAGUCAGACGCUUUCUUCCAUGCCAUGACAUCACAUGAUGAGCUGCAGGAGAAACUGACACACACUGUACAGUCAGUCAAACGACUCAGGGAAAGCAUCAACAUUGUCAACGAAAAGAUUGCCAAAGAUUCUCUCCGUGUACUCAAGCUUGCCCGUGCCAGAGCAAAUUACAUGGCCCUAUUUAGUAAGCUGAAAAUAAUGGCGUCCAUACACGAAACCCAGCCGACCAUCCAGCGUCUUCUGUCGAAUAAUGAGUUCAUUGGUGCCCUUGACCUCAUCGCCACUUCCCAGGAUGUUCUCAGCAAAGACCUGGCGGGCAUCAACAGUUUUCGUCAUCUUGGAUCGCAGCUGGCAGAGAUGGAGAAGUUGAUAGACAAGAUGCUACAGACUGACUUUAGUAGGUGUGUUACCAAUGAGCUGAACCGACCAGUUUCUGACUCCAUUCUUCUGGCAGAAGAGGAGAAGCUGGUGUCUAUACUGUUUGGCAUGCUGAGGCAACACAAAUUUAACUUCAUCGAUGUUUACCGAGAAGAAGCUUUCACCGCACUGAAAGCUACUGUCAAACAGACGGUUGUUGAAGCUGUAGUUAUUGCCGAGGACGUGGACUCAGAAAACAAUGCUGGCAGUCUGGCUGAUCAAAUGAGGCUACUCAACUACCCUCAGUGGAUGGAGCUGUUGAGCAAUGUCUUCGCCAACUUGAUGGUCCUCCUCAACAGAGCUAAGGCAUUUUACGGAGUGGUCACAGAUGUUGUGGGUAUUGCUGCUGGCAAGGCCAAAGUUCCCUCUGCCAGGUCACCAGAGUCAGGUCAAAGUUCAGAAUUGGUGGAAACUGAACAUCUCAAAGUCCCAGUGGUUGAUGAUGUUGAUGUCUUGAUCAGCAACGCAGAGUUUGAAACGGUGCAGGCUUACCUGAAGGAUAUGUUGUUUGCCAUCUGUGAUUAUGCUCAUGAUAGAUGUGUCAAGGUCAUGGUUGCAAGGGCAAAGGAUGGGUUCCUGGAGCGCUUGUCGUCUGCUGAGUUUGUGGCUCUGUCCCGACAUAUUGAAACAUUUGUUGCCGACACAGAGCAGGUGUGCGGCAGGAAAAGUAUGUCUCUGCGUGGAGUCUUGCAGGCGCAGGCAAACAAGUUUGUUGCACGCUUUCAUGAGGAACGGAAAAACAAACUCAGUUUGAUCUUGGACAAUGAGAGGUGGAAGCAGGCAGACGUCCCAGCAGAGUUUCAGGAUCUGGUUAAUCACAUCAUCAAAACUGGCACUUUAACUCUUCCAGAGAAACGAACUGACUCAGAAAGCAAACCAAAAGAAUGUCUGCUGGUGGAUGGCGAACAGUUUGCUGUUGUUGGGACAGUGCUGAUGCUGAUCAAGAUGAUGGUGGAGUACUGCCAGUGUGUGGUGGAUAUUCCGUCUGCUACCCCAGACCUGCUGACUCGACUCGUUGACCUGCUGAAGGUGUUUAAUUCUCGUACAUGUCAGCUGUUGAUCGGAGCAGGUGCCCUACAGCUGGUUGGCUUGAAGACAAUAUCCACUAGAAAUUUGGCUCUGGCCUGUCGAUGCCUGCAGCUUGUUGUACGCUUCCUGCCAGAUGUCAAGGCUCAUUUUGAACACACACUGCCAGUCAAAAAUAGCAACAUGCUCAAACAUUUUGAAAAAGUCAUGAAGGACUAUGAUGACCACAUAGAGGAGAUCAACCUCAAACUGGUGACCAUCUCAGAGAACAUGGCUGAAGCCCAGCUCUCCAAGUACGAGGUGAAGGCUCCGAUGCCCUCCCAGUGUUUCCGUACAAUCUGCAAGCAGCUGGCCAAACUGCACGAGGCUCUGCUGGGGAUACUGCCUCAGCCACAACUCAGGUAUCUGUUUGAGAGAAACAACGAGGCAUUCAUGAGACGACUCAGCAAGAGAUUGGCGUUACUGGGUGUCAGGAAUGAUGGGGGCCCUCAGUGUGGGUUGGUGAUAUCUGACCUUGUUUUCUAUUCUGGAAGCUUCAACACACUUAAAGGACUCGAGGGCCUUGUCACCAACACAAAUGCAGCAUGGGAUAUCAGGUGA